UUCCUUUCUUUUCUUUUUCCAUGUUUGUUCUACCGUCAUUCUUGUUCGUUUCUUGUGGCCGAGAAUCUCAGUCCGGCUCAUUCCCCUCUCCUCGCGUCUCUUGAUCUCCAUCCGUCAUUCUUUGAGACGAGAAGGAGCAGCCAUGUCGCUCAGAUCUCUGUCGUUCCGAUCGUCGAAUGCAUCUUCUGGGAUGGGAGUGGCUGUCGAUAGCAAGAGCACUUUCCUGGAACUGAAGAGGAAGAAGGUGCAUCGCUAUGUGAUAUUCAUGAUCGAUGAAAAGAAAAAAGAGGUUGUGGUCGAGAAGACAGGUGGCCCGGGGGAGAGUUAUGAUGAUUUCACGGCAGCCCUGCCUGGGAACGAUUGCCGCUAUGCUGUGUAUGAUUUUGAUUUUGUGACUGAAGACAAUUGCCAGAAGAGCAAGAUAUUCUUUAUCUCAUGGUCUCCAUCUGUCUCCCGCAUCCGUUCUAAGAUGUUGUAUGCCACAUCCAAAGACAGAUUUCGCCAUGAGCUUGAUGGCGUCCAUUACGAGAUUCAGGCCACUGACCCUACAGAGAUGGAUCUCGAAGUUCUUAGAGACCGUGCUAAUUAGGCAUGUAGAACCCACAAAACUAACUUCAUCGAUCUCAAUGAAUAGCUGGGUUUCUGCCAACAGACGUCGUGUGGUGUCUUGUCCUGAGACAUCUGAUUAUGAGAACAUGUAUGGGAUCCUGAAUAAUAACUGUAGCUAAGAAGGCUGGUGGAAGAGAUGAACGCUACCUUAAUGACGCUUUUCAGUUAGAGAGAUGUGUUUGACUAAGAGUAGUUGAUAAAAGACCUGGGUGCUUUUAUGAAUCGGAAACAUCUUUAUGUACAACGUAACUUGGAGACCAUAUAAUAUAUUAAAAUUUCAUCUGCUCUCUUA